AUGCUGGCCUUGUACUUGAAUGGAGUAGAGCAAAACACUUGGGUUGAACUACUGCCCGAACUUUCACUAGCCAUAAACACGAGCAUUUCGGACACGACAGGAUUCAGCCCAGCCUUCACAGUGCAAGGAAGAGAACCAAGAUUACCUAAUACGCUGUACAGUCAAGACACACCCGACCAGCCCUCGAACCAGCCACCUCCGGGAAAGAAGGCUGAACAGAUGCGGGAGUUGUUCCAGAUCGUCCGGGACAACAGCGAACGAGCAUCGAACGAGCAAAAAAGACACUACAACCUCCGCCGACGGGAAUGGCGACCUGCCGUGGAGUCCUUGGUACUCCUUCGCCGGCACGUCCUAUCCAAGGCCUCAGAGUACCCGGAAGUCGACGCCGACGCACGUCCGGCCUGA